AUGCCCUCGAUAUUCUUCUGGCAGCUGGCGCAGAAUGCAGAUGUGAACAAAGCCGAUUGUAAAGCAAUGGCGCCACUCAUCUGGGCGGCGAUUCACAACGGCAUCACUACCUCCUCGAUCAUUCCAGCCCUUCUCCGCCACGGCGCCGAUGUAAAUGCAUCGUCACGGGGAGGGAAAACAGCGCUCUGUUUGCUUAGUUACAGUCGGCACGACAGCGACGCAGAAACUGUUGGAGAUUUAAUACGGUGGGGUGCCAACGUGAACUGGAGAGACAAAGAGGGCUGGGAUGGUACGUUGCCCAGUUUGCUUAUGACGGCCCGCGCCUGGAGCACUACUCACUCGACUUUGACGGCGCUUGUUAUGACGGAAAUGCAU